GCCACGUCAGUGGUGUUUAGCUUCAAGCUGUCAAGUGCCUGAGAGCGUUCAGCAAAUCAGUUGUAAUUCAAUGAAGGAGGCUUUCUGUGAAUUUUAAAGAAUAAUUUAAGUUUUCCUCCACGUGAACACCAUGAGAUACCCCUUUCUUUUAAUUUUGGCUGUGUACAUUGCCUUUGUAAAUGCCACCGAAUUAACUUUUGAAUUGCCUGAUAACGAGAAACAAUGCUUUUACGAGGACCUAGAGCAAGGAGCAAAGUUUGAUAUAGACUUUCAGGUGAUUGCUGGAGGAAACUAUGAUGUGGAUUGUUUUGUGACAGAUCCACUGAAUAAUAUGCUGUAUCAGGAACGAAAAAAGCAAUAUGACAGCUUUUCCCAUACAACAACCAUGAAGGGCGUGUACACGGUCUGCUUUAGCAACGAGUUCUCAACCUUCUCUCACAAAACUGUUUACCUGGAUUUCAGAACUGGAGAGGAUGACAGAUUAAUGCCUGACACAAACCGAGCGACAGCUCUCACACAGAUGGAGUCAGCCUGCCUGUCUAUCCAUGAGAUCCUGAAAGUGGUUUCGGAUUCUCAGACUUGGUAUCGUCUUCGGGAGGCUCAGGACCGAAUCAGGGCUGAAGACCUGAAUGAUCGUGUGCACUUUUGGUCCAUUGGGGAGACCAUCAUCCUGUUUGUGGUCUGUAUUGGCCAGGUGUUUAUGCUUAAAAGUUUCUUCAAUGAGAAGAAAGCCAAUGUUGCCACCAGCACAUAGACCUAGGUUUCUAUUCUGCUGCCUUCUCUCCGUUAAUAAGCUGAUUAAUCAGUCUGAUCUGCAAGCAGCCAACCAAAAAUGACCUCUUUGUCAAACAAAAUGCCUUAAUUACAAAGUAAUGCACUAAAAGCUAUGUAGAGUUCAAUAUCUUGCGUAGUAUUUUCAAAUUGGCCUCUAUGUGCAUUGUUCACUAUAGCAGUAAUGAAAAUUGACCUGCUGCACCAAUAUUCUGUUGUUGUUUUUUUGUACAAGUGGUGUUUUGUGAAAUUUCUACUUUGUCCACUUUAGGUUUGUGCACUUGUCAACAUAUGUCUUAACAUCUCAACAUGCAUAUGUCUUAACAUAGACUUUAUAUAGAAAAGAAAGAAUAGUUUUGGUGGUUUGAGUUUUGGUAAUCAUGCCAAUAUGAUAAUGAAUGUGUUGAACCUCUAUUUUUCUAUUCAGCAAAGCCCUUCUUUGUUUAUCCCACAUUCAAAAGGGAAAAAUUCAAAAAUGGUGAAUAAUUUGUAAAUGUAGAUGUAUCUGGCAAAAUAUGAAAUGCUUAUUAAAAUUCAUAAUUUUCUUACCCCUUAAUUAGAAACCCUGUCUAAUUGCAAGUGCCAAUUGCAUGCACAUCAUUACUUAUUCCCAACUCUGUUACUUUGGGGAUAUUGAACAAGGGCUUGCACAUAAUUUUUGACUAUAACUAAAACAUCAACUUAAUGUGCAAUUCAUAGACAUAUUACAUAUUUUUGGGAUAUUUGUUACAAACAUUUUUCAUUUUGUAUACCUCAGCCUAAGAAGUUGAAUUGAUUUGUGACAUUUAUCGAUUUAUUAUGUAAUGAAUACCAUAGUGAGUUGUUUAUAUUCCUGCUUUGUGUUAAUUGACUAAUUAAAAAACAAAGUUUUGAACUGA